AUGUCUCUGCUGCCGCUCCCUGACUCACUCAACCUGAUCAAGAUAGACAGCGGGCAUCAGGACUCCCUGCAGAUGGAGGCGGCAGGAGGCGCAGCUGCAGUAGGAGGCGCAGCUGCAGCAGGAGACGCUGCAGCCAAGAAACACCACAACAGAAAAAAGGACCAGGGGGCUCACAGUCCCAGCAGGAAGACCCGAGACAAAGAGAGGAGGAGACGGAGACAUGGCAAGACGAGAAAGAGCGGGUCAGAGGUGAAGAACGAAGCAGGAGGAAAGAGUGAAGAUGCAGAGAAAAGUGAGAAAGCUGAGAAGGAAGCGGUGGAGACUCAGAGCAGCCAGACUCAGAGUGUGACCACAGAGACACAACAUGAGGGAGAGAAGCUGCAGACGGAGGACAGCAGCGAGGAACGAAGACUCAAAAAACCAAAGAUGGUUCCAGCUCACACUCAGACAGAGACACAGGAAGGAGCAGACAAACACACACAGACUCCAGCAGUUCAUCAGACCAGCCAGCAGACGCAGACAGACUUCCCUGAGCCGGGACAGGACGGAGAGAAGAAGAAGAAACAGGACAAAAACAGAGCGGAGGCCGAGCUGCAGGACGCUGCUCAGCCUGCGACAGAUCCACCAAAAGACGCAGCAUCAGGUUCAGUCCAGGAGCCAAACUCUGAGUCUGCAGCAGAGAAAGAGUCUGCAGGAGACUCUGCUGCUCCCACACACUCACAGGUACAAACAGCUGACAAACCCAAGUCUUACGCUGGAGCGGUGUCCGGAGGGGACGGGAGUCAGGGACGGGACGGUGCUGAGGCCUCCACAGCAGGAACAACCCAACGCACGCGUGAUCGGAGCCCAGUGAGACCUCCUCCUGCUGCUCCUGCUGUUCCCACUUUCACCAUACACAUCUAUGCCGUGAUGGACAAAAAGUUCAGAUUCACCCAGGACCAUGACACUCUUGUGAUGUGCUAUGAAGGAGGUUAUUUACCCUUCAAGAUGACACAUUUUGUUGGUUUAAAACAGGGGGGAUAUCUGGUGGAAGCAAGUCUGUACGUUGAAGAAAGACACAUAAGAAGAGGUGAUUUGUGGUCUUACUGGUACGGUGUAAAACAACGGCAAAAAGAAAUUAUCACAGGAAUUACCACAAGAAAUGUUCAGAUCCCAUUCGACCGCAGCGUUAAAGAGCUGCACAUUUACGAAGGCUUCAUUUGUCGUCUGGAGGCUGGUUCCACCAUGCAGAAUUUUUGGAACAUGUUCAGAUCUAAAGAUGUGGAGGUGUCGGACGCUUGGCAGGCCUCAGCCACAGCUCUGCUGGACAGAAUCUUCCAGAGGUUUUCCCCGUCAGACAAACAGAGCACGGACAGCCUGUGUGAACAGUUGGAGCAUUACAUGAAGAGUCUGGGCUCUGCACAUGAGAGGAUGCACUUCAUGGACCGCUCACGACCUCCAUCGAUCAAGACCUCAGAGCUGAUCUCUGCCACGUUGAUUCAGAUCCUGAGAGCAGAGCCGAAGGAGAAGCUGCCGGGCAGCUGGAGGAGCAGCAGCGCUCUGCUCCGCGGCCUGUCGGUGUUCAAGGUGACCAGGAGGUGUAACAUCAACCUGGGAGUGAGAGGCUGGGCCGACCUGUGUCUCCUGCUGUCCUCAGAGGCCGACAGGGACAAGGACAACCUGGACACGGUGCUCAGCUCUCUGCAAAGUCCACAAUACACCGUGUUGGGGCUGAUGAACCUCUGUGCGCAGCAGACGGUGGCGGAGCUCGUCCUGCUGGUUCCUCUGCUGCUCAGACUCCGACAGCCUGAAGCCCACGCAGCAGCACUGGGUCCAUCUGUGGAGGAGAAUAACUUCUCAGGACUGCAACAGGUUCUUUUCAUCAGUUUCAGGGAGAGUUUACAGUCCCACCCUGACAAGAGAAAGAAAGUACUCGGCCUGAUCAAGACACGUCUUUCUCAGGCCGAGGAGACGCCGCUGCUCUUCGUCAGCUGGGCGUCUCUCGUCGCGUUCGGGGAUCUUCCUGAGUUUUCCGAUCUGACGGGGAUUCCUGCAGAACAGCUGAUCCAGAGUCUGCUGUACAGACUGAGGUUGGCUGAGACCAGAGAUAACAACCGAGCACAGGAGACCGUCAAGCACGCUGAGAAAGUCCUGAGCCACGUCCUGCUGAGGGUGGACUCACAGAGGGACAGAAUGAUUGAGUCUGUAGACAUGCAGCCAGUCUUCCUGAGCAGCGUCGCCGUGAUGAAGCUCACCUGCAGGAUGGUGAGACUGGUCCAGUGGUACCCAGCUGCUGUCUUUUCCUGCCGGCUUGUCUUCAGACUGGCAGAGAUGCUGGAGGCCAGACUGAGGAGAGAGUCGUCUGGAGAAGAGAUUGAGAGCUCAAAGCAGAAACUGGUGGACCAGCUCCAGGCUGUGCAGCAGCAGAUCAGUGAGUGGAGAGACAACCUGCUGCACAAACCACCUGUGACGUCUAAACCUAACCUCACCUACCCAAAGGAGAUUGAGCUGUGGGAUUCGCUGCUGAAGAUCCAGUGUUCUGUAGAAGAAGUAUCGUCCAGCUGGAGGUCCAGUCUGAUCAAAGACCUGAAGAAGAGAAUCAGUCAGGCGAGUGAGGAGGAUAGAGUCGUGCUCUGCUGCCUCGACUCGACUCUGGCAGGGAUAAAAAACAGUCACGAAGAUGUUCAGAGCUGCUUCAGCGAGCUGUGUCAGUCCUCCAUCAAGACGAUCUGCCAGAGGGGGCAGGAGGGAGACCUGCUGGGGAAACUGAAGGACCUGAAGGAGCUGAAGGACCUCCCUAAUGAGGUCUUAUCCGCUGUGGUGGUCCAGUCAGCAGCUCGGUUCAGAGACCGUCCUGUAGUCCAGCUGCUGGAUCCACAGUCCGCCAUGAACCACCUGCUGUCCCACGGAGACUGGAAGCAGAUCCAGGUGGACGACGCUGCGGGAACGGUGGUCCACAGCUGCAUCUCUGCUCUGCAGGGUCUGGUGGAGUCUCUGCUUCAGGGGCACGUCCGCCUGGGACACCUGCAGAGCUGCCUGAAGUACAAGGAGGAGUUCAAGAGACUGCACCUGCAGUACAAGAAAAACACCAGAUCUGAGGCGGUUCCUGUGAAUGCAGAGGUUGUGUUGGCUCAGAGAGACAAAGAUCUGCAGUGUUUCAUUCAGCGGAGACAGCAGAUUGACACUCUGAUAAAGAUGUUAGCGAAGGUGAAGGAGAGUAUCACAGUUCCUGAGAUGAGGACUCUAGAGGAGCAGCACGAUGCAGACCUGCAGCCUGUGAGCCUGAACAAACUGGUACUGGUUCAGGCCUUUAACUCUAAGGGGGAGCUGGGGAAGGCAGGCCCGUCCCAGGUGCUGUGGUACAACAUGAGUAUGAACACUCUGAAGAUGUCCAGUGAGAUGCACACACUGCACCUCAGCACGCUGGUCCUAUCCCGCUGGGUGACGGGCGCCACAGCCAUGGCGUCGAGGCAUCCCUGCUCCGCUCCCGUCCCCGUCACUCUGCAGCAGGUCUGUGAGAACAUCUGGACCCCCCUGCUGACCGACUUCUGCCAGCUCGCUGUGAGCAUCGCCACUGCUGAAAUCACGUUCCAGCAGCUAGACCAGGUUCUGCUGGACUCUGGGGACCAGGGAAACGGCGAGCUGGUGAAGAAGGAGCUGAUGCUGAUGUCGGAGGCGGUUUGUGAGUUGGGCCAGGUCAGACCCGAGAAGGGCUGGGUGGAGCGGAGACUGGCUCAGAUCCAGGAGUACCGGCAGCUCCACGAGGCGGCGGCUGCAGCCGGCGCCAUCCUGAGGACGGCUGAGGUGAUGAAGCUGACCGGGAACUUCACGGAGAUCAACACUCUGAGCCAGCUGGGAGAAGAGGCCUUUCAGCAGCGCUCCCUGGACUCUCUGACCUACGAGCUGCUCCAGGCCAGACAGCAGCUCUCUGCUGUCACCAAGCAGCACACGGCCUGCCUAGAAGAGUUCCUGCGGAGCCAGACGCUGGUCAGCUGGGUCAAAGAGAACCUCAAAAACAUGAGCGAUGUGAAGGUGUACGUGGACCUGGCGUCCAUAUCCGCCGGAGAGAACGACUCGGAGAUCGACCAGGUAGCCUGUUUCCACGACGCAGUGAUGGGCUACGGCCCGCUGCUCUACUCCCUCCUUCCUCAGGCCGGCUUCAAUGACUUCAUGAGGUGUGCUCGGCAGGUGUGGGACACCCAGAACAGAGACGAGAAGCUGCCGGACAAACUGAGAGAGUCCACACGGCUGCUGAGCUGGCUGAAAGCUCUGAAGGAGACUCACGGCUCGGUGGAGCAGUCCUCUCUUUCCCUGGCUUCUUCCAUCAACGCUGACGGAGUUUAUCACAUCGGAUGGUCUGCUCACAGGACACAGAAGAGAUGUCUGCAGAACAUGCUGCAGGUCACAGUGACGCAGGGCCAAGAGCAGAAGAGCUACAGGCUGGAGGAGCUGCUGGAGCUGCAGAACAAACUCAUGCUCAUGUCGUCUAAAGGAGAGCACGGCCGGGAGCAGGUGGACAGAUUCACACAGGUUUUUGAAGGAGUUCAGAGGUUGGCCACCAUCCUCCUUCAGAUGCAAACAUCCGGCAACAUGCUCUUCAGGGACUGGCAAGCCGAGGUGCAGUGCCGCCCGCAGCAGCAGCCGUGCAUCACAGCCUCCUUCCUGUCCCUGCAGGCUCAGGAGAUGACAUACCACGGUGAGGUGACGGAGCAGCUGCAGGAGCUGGCUCACUCCAUGGACCGCUGCCAGCAGGAGUGGCGCUCCUUAGUCAGCGAGAUGCGCUCCAGCUUCCCCUUGCUGAACCACUUUACCUCGGAGCAGCUGGUGUACCUGUGCCACUGGGUGCACAGAGUGUGUCAGCAACCGGUGCCGGCUCCUCCACAGUUAUGGCGUUUACUCUUUCCAAUAAAGCCUCAGUGCACUCUGAGUGAUGUCAGAGAGGCUUACGCUAACGCAGCAAGAAUAACUGCAGAGGGUGAUGAAUCAGAAGAGUUUGACUCUGAAGAUGAGUUGGCGGACCUGACUCCAGCUCCACCAGGACUCACUGAGGAGGCUCAGGAUCUAAUGGAGUUUUCUUCAGAUGAUGACGCUGCAGAGACCUCCUCUGACGGCCUCAGAGAGGACAGUGUUGAGAAACUCUGGAGUAGAUUCAAAAAGGACAUGCCGCAGUACCUCAGCGAGUCCCUGGACAUCUCGUCUCUGGCCCACCUCCUGUCCUGCCUCUCUGAGACUAACCAGCAGCACAUGAUCAGGAACCUUCCGCCGGUUCUGCAGGAGGGAAAGCCCAACCUCGUGCUUUGUCCCACUGCAGAAGUUUUUACCACCAUCCUGUCUUUUUACAUGCAGAGUCCAGAGCAGCCUCUGCCGUCUACUGAUGAGGUUCUGGUCUGCAGAGAAGAAACCACAGAGGAAGAGGUGGAGAUCUUUCUCCGCCGAGCUCUGGGCCAAAGCUCUGGGCCGGACUGGCAGCAGAUACACUCUCUGGUCAGUCCGGGGCUGCUGGGGUAUGACGUCAGCGUGGCCCUGGGGGAGCUCUUUGAGAGUCUGGAGAGAAGUGCCAAUCCGUGUUACCGCUUGAUAAUAGUCAGUCCAGUUGUGCACCAGCACAGAUACGUGCCCUCGUUCUUCAGCAAUCACAAAGUGCAGGCUGGUGUGAGUGUGACAGCAGAGGCCACCCGCAGAUAUCUGCAGCACCACUUCACACAAAACGGGUUCCCAGAAAGCCCCGUCGCCCAGGUGUCCCCGGGUCAGCUCUCUGUCUGGACGGUCUCUUCUGUGCGCCCUGCAGUUGGGAAAUCCCUUUACGUGGAUCGUUUGUUUGAGAAGUUCCAGCAGAAAUCUCCCCAAGCGAAACACAUCAGGAUCCGACUGAUCGAGCCAAGUGUCGAUGUGGACUCCUUGAUCCAGAUCCUCUCAGAGAAACUGGCCCCCCUCAGAGAGCAGGACCCCGUUCUCCUGCACAUCGACACUGCUGGAGUCCGUUCAGGUCUGGAGGAGCUCCUGUUCCGUCUGUUGGUUCUGGGCUGUCUAAGCGACAGCCACGGCAUGCUGUGGAGAAGAAACGUGGCUCAUCUGAUCACUGUGGAGGUCCUGAGAACAAACACAAACUCUCAGAACCAGCCAAAAGAGAUGAAGCUGGGUCUUCUGGACGUUCUGCCCACCAUCCACUGCAGACCUCCCAAAGAGGUGAAGCAGCUUCUGGCCAGUCCGGCGAAGCGGACGUUUGACCCGCUCAUGGACGAGCAGGAGUUCUGCAGCGAGGGGAUCCAGAGACCCUAUCAGUACCUGAAGCUCUAUGGACAGAACAAGAAUCUGGAUCGUUUUAAGUACAAGGAAGGAUCCAGACUCGGGGAUCCGGUCGAUUGUGUCAAUCACUUUCUGUCUUUCUGUGGGAUGCAGGAUCCAUCGUGGGCCGAGCUGAAGAACUUCUCCUGGUUCCUCAACGUGCAGCUGAAAGACUGUGAGAACUCAAUUUUCUGCGAUCCAGAUUUUCUGGCAGACCAGUUGCCUGGUUUCAAAGGCUUCAUUGUGAAGUUCAUGAUUCUGAUGGCGAGAGAUUUCGCUUCACCGUCACUGAACACGUCAGAUGAAAGUCCCGUUCCUCACAGCCGGGAGGACGACCUGCUGACCCGUCUGAUGAUCCGUAAGCAUUGGGAGAACGAGUCUCAUCCGUACAUAUUCUUCAAUGCCGACCGAUUCUCCAUGUCGUUCCUCGGCUUCCACGUGAAGAGGCGAAACACGCUCGAUGCAGUCGAUCCUCGCAGCCGCAAAGUCCUGCUAGAAGACGUGAUGUCACAAAACCUUUUUGACGGUUUGGAGCGGCAAAGGAUCUCUCUCACCGAGGACUUUGAUCUGCUUCCGCGGCCGGACAAAAUCAAAAGGAUCUCUUGUGUCGUCGGUGCGCAGAAAGGAAUGAUGGACAGAAGUUUUGACCCGGACCCAACGUACGAGCUCACGGCCGACAAUGUGAUGAAGAUGUUGGCCAUACACAUGAGGUUCCGGUGUGGAAUUCCAGUCGUCAUCAUGGGAGAAACCGGCUGCGGGAAAACCAGAUUAGUCCGUUUCCUCUGUGCCCUGCAGAGGGAGCAGAAACCGGUAGAGAACAUGGUACUUGUCAAGGUACACGGUGGCACCACGGCAGAGAUGAUCUACAGGAAGGUGCGAGAGGCGGAGACACUCGCCGAGCAGAACCGCAGGCUGCACGAGCUCGACACCAUCCUGUUCUUCGAUGAAGGAAACACCACAGAAGCCAUCUUUGCCAUCAAGGAAAUCCUGUGUGACCGGACAAUGAAAGGGGAACCUCUGAACGUCGUCAGCGGCUUAAAAAUAAUAGCUGCCUGCAAUCCUUACAGGAAGCACUCGGCUGAGAUGGUGGAGCGUUUGGAGCGUGCAGGUUUAGGCUACAGAGUGAAGGCGAAUGAGACAGAAGACCGGCUCGGCAAAGUCCCUCUGAGGCAGCUGGUGUACAGGGUCCAUCCUCUGCCUCCCAGCUUGGUGUCUUUGGUUUGGGACUUCGGUCAGCUGAGUGACACAACUGAGCUUUCCUACAUCAAACAGAUCGUUCAGAAGCAAGUGGACGACCACGGUUUGCCGGCAGUUUGCAAGAGCAUCAUAUCAAACGUGCUCGCGGCUUCACAGAAAUAUAUGCGAAGCAAGAAAAACGAGUGCAGUUUUGUGAGUCUCAGAGACGUGGAGAGGUCUAUGAAAGUGCUGAUUUGGUUUUACCAGCAUAGCAGGGACCUUUUCCCCAGCUGCUCCCGACUCAAUGAGGCUUAUAAAACUCUAAAGUGUCUGAUUCUCUCCGUUGGAGUCUGCUACUACCCAUCUCUGGUGGACAAAGAGCAGUACCUCUCCGAGAUCUGUCAGUACUUUCCUGAAGCUCUCAGCUCUCCAGCAGAUCUGCAGGAAGAGAUUUCAUCCUGUCAAGACUUCUUCCUUCAGAACAUACAAACAAGAGAGACCAUCGCCAAAAAUGUUGCACUCAAAGAGAACGUGUUCCUCAUGGUGGUUUGCAUUGAGCUCCGAAUCCCGCUCUUUCUGGUCGGCAAGCCGGGCAGCUCGAAGUCGCUCGCUAAAACAGUGGUUGCUGACGCCAUGCAGGGCCAGAACUCCCACUGCGACCUUUUCAGGAAGCUCAAGCAAGUCCACAUGGUCUCCUUCCAGUGCAGUCCUCACUCCAGCCCGGAGGGAAUCAUCGGGACAUUCAGGAACUGCGCCCGUUUCCAGAAGGACAAAAACAUGGAUGAAUACGUCUCUGUGGUGGUGCUGGACGAGAUAGGACUCGCAGAAGAUUCUCCUCAGAUGCCCCUGAAGACCCUUCACCCUCUGUUAGAGGAUGGGUGCAUUGACAAUGACAAGCCGGAUCCACACAUGAAGGUGGGCUUCGUUGGCAUUUCCAACUGGGCCCUGGACCCCGCAAAGAUGAACAGAGGAAUCUUCUUGUCCAGGUGGGAUCCCAGUGAGGUUGAACUUGUGGAAACCGCCAAGGGAAUCUGUUCAUCGUCCAAACAAAUUCUCCUGCAAAUCAUUCACUUGUUCCCGUCUUUGGCCAAGGCUUUCUUGAGUGUCUGCAAUGAGACCACAAAGAAUCAGUUCUUUGGUCUCAGGGAUUAUUAUAGCCUUGUCAAAAUGCUCUUUGCUGUGGUCAAAUCCACCAAUCAGGAGCCAGAUAGCGCACAGUUGGUUGAGGCCAUCUUGCGUAACUUCAGUGGACAACCAGAGGGUUUCGACCCUGUCAUAUUUUUCCAAGAAGUCCUCAAAAACGCAACAGAAAUUCCCAGACCGAGCACCUUGCAGAUGGUGAAAAAGAAUCUGGACCACGACUCCAACCAGGAGAGCCGUUACCUCCUUCUGCUGACCACCAACAAUGCCGCUCUGCACAUCCUUCAGCAACAAAUCUUUGCCAAAGGAGACUACCAACUGCCUGAGAUUGUCUUUGGCUCAGGAUUCCCAAAGGAUCAGGAAUAUGCCCAAAUCUGCCGUAACGUUAACAGGGUGAAGACGUGCAUGGAGACCGGGCGCACCGUCAUCCUCCUCAACAUGCAGAAUCUUUACGAAAGCCUGUACGAUGCCUUGAACCAGUACUACGUUUACCUCAGCAAGCAGCAGUACGUCGAUCUGGGUCUGGGCUCUCACAGAGUCAAGUGUCGUGUCCACACUAACUUCAGGUUGGUGGUCGUGGAAGACCAGAAGAAGGUCUACGAGCACUUCCCCAUGCCCCUCAUCAACAGGCUGGAAAAACACAGAGUGGACCGGAGCACCGACCUGGAGCCGUGGCAGCACAGGGUCCUCGACAAACUGAAGGAGUGGGUGAAGGAGUUCUCAGGCCAGUCCUCAGGAGAUUUCAAGCUGUCUGACAUUUUUGUCGGCUACCACGGAGAUGCCUGCGCCAGUGCUCUCCUACAGGCUCUGGAGAGGAGAGGACAGAGAGCUGGAGAACAUGGAACCACAACACGGGAAGAAGAUGAACCACAUGAAACACCUGAAGCAAACUCCAACCAAAAGAAAGAGGUACCUGAUAAGGAGGAUGCAAUGGAAGUAGAGGUUCCUGUAAAAGAGUCAGAGGAGAAGAACGAUGAGGAGAUGUGUGAUGAUGAGAAGAGCGAAGAAGUUAUGGAGACAGAAAGUGAUGUUGGGUUCGCCGGGCGAAAUGAGGAAGAAGAACUCUUUGAUUUAGCCAAGUGUCUGCUGUUGAACUGUGCCACCCCUGACGCUGUGCUGAGGCUCAAGUAUUCAGAAUUAGCGAACCAGGAGAAGGAGACUCUGCAGAGGAUGUACUUCCAGCAGCAGCAUCACCACUGCCUCCGAGAUUUCCUGCAGGAUUGCCUGAACCAGCAGCAGGAGGCCAGCAGGUUUCUGGAGAUAACUACAUUCUCAAGCCUGUUGACCCGGUCAGAUGUCAGGGUUGUGGCUCACGCUCUCGGCCUGCACACGGACCGGAUCCUGCUGCUGUCGCUGCAUCAGUUCGACACCGAGGUCUCCUUCUGCAACAAGAUACGGAGCUUCCUGCAGCACGCCGGUCACUCUCUUCACUUCCUGUUGAUCCAGAUGGACCUCGAGGAAUCUCAGUGCAGCGACGAGCUCAUCGCAUCAGCAAAAUACUGCACCAUGAACUACCUGACAGCACGGGAGCUUCAGACCUGUUGGGUGAUUUUCAUUGUGAAAGUUUCGAGGAUCCCGAGUCGCUCUCAGUACAUCGGCUUCCAAGGAGGAGUCUGGCACUCGGUGCAUGUUGAUGACCUGAGGGACUCAGAGGACAUGAGUCUGAACCUGCUGGUGUUUUGUGGGACCCUCAUCAGUAACCUGCUCCACCCUGCACCCUCAGAACAUCAUGAAGAUGGAGAAACUGUAAGGAAUAGAAAAGACUCUCAGGGAGCUGGAGCCCUCCUGCACAGGCUGUCCUUAGUGAGAUCAUGCAUCCAGAAAGCUGUGGGUCUGCUGAGGGACCCGGAGGGAGUGGCAUCCCGCAGCAUGGAGCGCAUGCACAUCCUCCUGACUCUGCUGGGGACAGGUCCAGUGCAAACAAAAGCUGACUUCCAGGAGGUGCUGUUGAGCCGCCUGGCGGAGGCUCGGUCUCAGAGAGAAGAGCUGAUAGGAUCUCCUCAGGAGUGGGUGAGCAAAGAAGCCAAGAAACAGCAGGCUCUGCAGGAAGGGGGCACUCUGAGACACACCCUAUGGCGCUUUCUUCAGUCCACCGUGACGCCCAUCCUGGCCGGCUUGUUGGAGGUGAUGGACAGGUACGCCAACCUUGAGCUGCUGCGUGAUGGCGGGCUGAGCCCAGGACUGAGGACGCUGUGGCUGGACAUCCUGGCAGACUCACAGAUUUUAGGCUUCACGCCUCUUCAGAACCAAAGUGAGUCAGACCAGGAGGUACUGGUGCAUCACUGCUUCAUGCUGGACGGAGAGGAGCAGCCCUGCAGCGCCCCCUUCAGUUGGCUCGUCACCCUGCAGCUGGAGAGCUUGUGGGAAGAAACAGAGUUCAUGCCAGUGAGUGGAGAGGACGGUUCGGGGAGGAUCCUGCAGUUUGUGAGCUCGUUCAGCAGCAGCCGGCUCGGAGCUCUCUUACACAGACUGUCGGAGCAGGAUGGAGCUGAGUAUGGGCGCCGCUUCCUCACAGACUUCCUGCUGCUCUCUCUGAAGAUCAAGUCGAAGCACGAGCUCAGGGUGUUCAGCAGGGCGCUGCAGGGCUGUGUGUCCGAGCUGCAGGCGUCCGUGGGGGCCGACCCUCAGCUCUCUCCUGCCUGGAUCCUGGCUGCUGCCAAACACUUCGCCCUCAGACUCGACGCUCUCUGCCACAUAUUCCUGCUGCAGCCGCAGCUUGCCGCCGCCAUCUCCCAGCAGGGAUCAGAGGGCGAGCCACGGGAGAUGCUGGAGGACGUGUUCGCUCUCGGCGUGUGUGUGGAACAGACCAAACCUCCAAGGGUGGCUUCUCUGGAGGAGUGCGAGUCGUUAGUGAGCAGGGUGGAGUUCCUGCAGCCGUGUCUGGACCGGCUGUUCGCUCAGAGGUACAGGACGCUCUGCAGCCCUGACUGUCUGCAGCAUCUCGACUCCAUCAGGUUGCUGUGGCAGGGGAUGCUGGUGGUGGCGUCUUUCAUCCAGCACGUCCUCUUCAAAGUGAAAGACCCGAGACUGAAAGAACUGGCUCUGAAACACUGCAACCUCCACCUGAAUCUGGUGCAGGAGUCAGCUGAUGUGCGCAGUGUGGACACUCUGCAGCAGCUGAUCCGCAUCCUCAACUCUUUCCAUGACGAGUGCAUCAGCAGAGAGCUGAGGUUUGGGCUCUGCUGCUCCAUCUGCCUGUCGGAGCUCAAGGAUCCGUCCGUCCUGCCCUGUCAGCAUGUCUUCUGUCUGUCCUGCCUGCAGCACUGCCUGCAAACUCAGACUCGAUGUCCUGAGUGCAGAGCCGAGCUGCCGCCGAACUUCCAGCCGGCCGUGUCGCAGGCCGUCAAGGCGGCGCUGCAGCAGCAGGCCGAGGUCAGAAGCUGCUGUAACUCCUUCUUCCUGGAGGUGGUGUCCAGGUUCUGCCUGUCAGAGGGCCAGAGGCCUGCAGAGGGCGUAGUGGAGCUUCUCUUCUCUCUACUCGUCUAUGCCAGCGGAGACGUGUACCGGACCCGCCAGCUGUCCCCCUUCCUGCAGUGUGUGGACAACAGUCCUGUGGUUCGGUCGGUGCUGCCCAAACUGCUGCUGCAGUACAGCUUUGAGCAGGUGAAGACUCACCUCCAGACGUACCUGAGGGAUCUGGAGGAGAACCUGCACCUGAGCAGAGAGGACCUUACGGAGCUCUACCUGCUGUUCGUCAGCUGCUUCCAGGACUCUCUGCUGUGCUCUGGAGCCAGAGGAGGCGAGCAGAGCGGCGAGCAGCAGCGACAGGCGGAGAUGAGCUUCCUGAGCCAGAUGGCGAAGGGACAGACUCCGGGCAGGCGGGAGGAACCGGCAGAGUUCCUGCUGAGCCUGGCCCGGCUCAGAGUCUGUCUGAGCUCUGCAGCCCGCCUGCUGCAGGACGCUGCAGCUGCAGGCGGAUCGUCUGUCGGUCAGGUUGCGUACCUGCAGCAGGUGAGGGCUCUGUGUGAGUCCUGCGGGGACGACUGGUUCAGAGUUUACCUGCUCAGAGCUCUGCACCGACACUGCGGGGUCCAACACAUCCUGAGCCUGAUGAACAGCCCCGCCCACAGGUGGCUGUUCCCCCCACAGCUGCUGAAGCUGCAGAGGCUGAUCCCAGCCAGCAUGGACUCCUUCCUGAGCUGUGGGACGGCGUACAGAGACGUGAGAGACGCUGUGGGACGAGUCCUGCAUGACAACAAAUCAGACAGCUUCAAGACUCAGAUACAGAAGCUGGGUGUCUCUGGGAUCAGCCUGCUGCCUCUGGCUCUGUUCAGACAGAUCACCUGCCGCUACCGCUCACCUGACAGCAGCACGCUGCCCUCCCCUCAGGAGAAACGGAGGCUGGAUGACCUCCUGAAAAACGUCCGUCCGGAGGAGUUCAGGCAGUUCUGCGUGGCGCUGCUGUCCAAUCAGAUCGGAGGUCCUGGUUCAGGUCUCAGCCUCAGCAGAGACCUGUCCCCUCAGAGACAGACGGUCCUGGAGCUGCUGGUCCACCUGGACGCUGUGCUGCUCAAAGGGAACUCUCUGCUGGCUCCUCUCCGACAGAUCGCCUGCCAGCCGCAAAACGUCAAGAACUCCUUCCUGCCCACGAUGCCCGACGACCACAUGAGUGAAGCCCGACAGUGGCUCAGCCAGGACAGGAGAGCUCAGAUAUGGCUUUGUCCCAGAGGACAUCCCUUCGUAGUGACGGAGUGUGGACGGCCGGUGGCCACAGCAACAUGUAAUGAAUGUGGACUUCCAGUUGGAGGGACCAAUCACAACCCAGUGCCUGGAUUCACUGCACAGCAAAGUGUGAGCGAUCAGACUCGGACCGGACACGUGUUGGGAGAGGCUCAGCAGCGCUCUGAGGCUCCGGAGAGACAGAUGACGCUCGCUCAGUCCAGCGUCCUGAGGCUGCUCACACACCUCGCCAUGCGGCAGGGCGCCACCGCCAACCUCAACGGCAUUGCAAACCUGAUCCACCCGCGUCCUCGGGAUGUCCUCGGCUUCCUGUGGAGACACCUGCUGCAGGACGUGCGUGUGCUGGGAAAGACGCUGGACCUGAACGUGGAGGACACAGCUGUCACGCUUCAUCUGAUCCUCCACAGAUGCACAAGCUUCAAUCCAGGGUCCCGUGCAGUGAAGUCUGACCUGUCCUCCCGGCAGGCCCGGCAGCAGUGGGAGAAGCAGGUCUGUGCUGCUGUCAUCAGCCCAGUGCUGCAGGAUCUGCAGAAGAACCUGAGUGAGGCUCAGGAGAGGAUCAGGGCUGAUGACGGACUGGCUGGGAGUCCCCUGAUAAAGGUCCUGUCCGGGGACCCGGGGACGAUGCUGUCCCUUCCGUCCGACUGUCCCACGCAGCGCUCGUCCUUCUGGACGCUGCCAGAGAUGAUGACGCUGGAGCGCUUCUGUCAGCUGGUGGGAGAAGCACCAAUACACAGCUCCUUACCGCUGCUGAAUCUCUUCCUCCAGAAGAUCCACUGUGUGAGACAGCUGCAUCACCUGCCGGAGCUCUCUGCUCUGCAGGCCGACCUGCUGAGGCUCAGCUCACACUCUGCAGCUCACACCAUCACACAGCUGCUGGAGCGGAUACCUGCAGGACCCCAGAAGAAGCUGCUGCAGCAGAGGGUGCAGAGGUUCCUGGCGGUGUGGAACAGCCUGAGAGCAGAAAUCGCCAACAGCUCAGCAGCAGGUGUAGAUGAUGGUGUGUGUGAUCAGGAGCUGACAGUUGAGAGCUCCGCAGAGUUUCUGACUCCGAGUCGUCGUGGACCGGGAUCCUGUCUCCGGACUCUGGUGGACUUCCUGUCUGAGACUCACAACAGCCUGGUGAGAGAGAGCCGCCGGGAGGACAGUGACUACAGCAUCCCCCUGGAGAGGGUCUCAGAGACCCAGCUGACCCUGUGCAGCCCGGAGUCAGAGCUGCUGCCUCUGGUUCUGUCUCACUGCCACUACACCUUAAAGAAGGGUGGAGAGACGGACAUCAGCUACGACCUGCAGGGCAUCCAGAGCCAGCUGGCCCGCCGCUUCCUGGCUGGAAAACCUCUGAUCCAAGCGGACACGUCCAGGUUCCUGAACAGACAGCUGCAGGACUUCUCUGUGGUCCUACAGGAGGUCAGAGGGAAGAUCCAUCAGGGGCCUCUGAAGGGUUCUGUGUGUGGCUCCAUGAGGACGGUGCUGCGCUCCUACACAGAUGUGUGUGACGCUCUGUUCGUGGUGGAGAUCGCUCUGCGUUUCCUUGGUAAAACAGGAGGAGACCCCCAGCACCUCCUCCUCACCUUCCUCACUAAAUCUCUGCACAUGGAGAAGCAGAUCUCCAGCUCCGUAGCCAAGGGUCUGGGAGAGAGCAGACUGGAACACACCACGUUCACCUGGCAGCUCCUCACUUCCUGGAAGUCUGAGCUGAUGCUGAGCAGGAAACAAGACCCGUUCCAGGACCUCCCCCCGGCCUUCCAGCAGAAGCUGUCUGAGGAGCAGAGCAGAGGCCUGAAGAUCUUCCUCUCCAGCACCGACGUGGACACGUUCUCUCUGGAGCUGCACGAGAUCCUGCUGCUGAAGACCAGCAGCACCCUGCAGGACAGAUACCAGCCUCACUGGGACAUCAAGACCACCACAGAGACCCACAUGGAGCAGAAGGAGGUGCAGCCUCUGCUGGGCCUGGAGUCUCUACCUGAGGACAUCACGCUGGGACAGGGGCCGGCCGUGUGGAGGGCCGCCGUCACCUUCAGGAGGAGAUAAAUCAUUUCUCCAGACUGAUUCUGUGAUAUAUUUCUCAUUAAUCAGUCCUGUGUGUUAGGGUAAAAUAUUUCUGUAUAUUCUGAGUGAAAGGUUUGUACAAUCAGUGCCUUUAAAACAAUCUGAUUAUUUAUUAUGUUUAAUCUGUAGAUGAGCAGGGACCAAUUAUUCAAAUCACUAGAAAUGUACUGGGACUUUGUUGAGUUUUUUUUUUUUUUUUUUUUUUACCAAACUCAGUGUCAUCUUUUAAAUCUCUUCUUAAAACUCACUUCUAUAGAAUUGCCUUUUAUUGACCUUUUCCUUCUUUUACAUUGUUUUAUAAAUUGUUUAAGUGUUUUAUUUAUGUGUUCUUAAUUGCAUUCUGUUUUCUUGUCAAUCACCUUGUAGCUUUGUUUUGAAAGGUGCUAUACAAAUAAAAUUAUUAUUAAAAUUA